AUGCCUUUGGGGCUUUUCAGCUCCGGGAAAGCACACGUUCUCAGUGAUGAGAAACCAGCUGGGAGCAAGAAGAAGGAACCGAAGCAAUUGAGUGAGAAUAAAUGCAAAGGAGUAACAUUGAAGCUUGAUCAUACCCGGGUGACGAUUGAAAAGCAGAUUGCAGAAGGUAGAGGAUUCGCUAUCGUCUACAUUGCUUGUGAUAGGAAAAACAAUAAAUUCGCCCUGAAGAGACAGUUUACGAAAGAAAACCAAAAGCAACUGGACGCAUGCUGUAGAGAGCAUAGUUUUUUGUUAGUAUUUUUAUUAAUUGCGAAAUUUCAGAAGCAAUGCGCAGGACAAAAAAAUAUUGUGGAGUUUGUAGACAGUUAUGUAAAUUGUCUCGGAAAUGGAAUAUGGGAAUGUAUGCUGUUGACAGAAUAUCAUCAAAGAAACGUCCUCCAACUGAUGAAUGAAAGGAUAUCUCAAAACCAAUAUCUAACGAACACCGAAAUUUUGUCGAUUUUCUCUGAUCUAUGUGAAGCCGUGUCAUUCAUACAUCACCGUCCACAGCCUAUAAUUCAUCGAGAUUUGAAAGUAGAGAAUGUUUUGAUUUCUUCACACAAAUCACCAAAUUAUAUUCUGUGUGAUUUUGGAAGUGCUACAACUCAAGUUUUGUCCAUAGAAAAGUUCGGAGCGGAAUAUGUGAAAUCGGAAAUAGAAAGGAACACAACAAUGUGUUACAGAUCCCCUGAAAUGAUUGAUUUUUAUAGUGGUCAAGUUCUUGGUUUAAAAGGAGAUAUAUGGGCUCUGGGAGUUCUCCUGUAUCGACUAUGCUACUUUUGCGUUCCUUUCGAAGAAUCGCCCCUGGCUAUUCAAUCGGUGAAUUAUCAAUUCCCAGCCCUACCUAAUAUAUCGGAUGAAGCUAAAGCUUUAAUUUACAUGCUUCUCGAUAUUGACAUAAAUCGGCGCCCUUCAAUAUAUCAAACAGCUUCACUUGUUUUCGAAGCAAGUCGGAGAAACUUGCCAGUUGAGAUACAAAAUAAAAAAUUUUCUGACUCUACUCUAUCAAUAAGAGAAUGCGUUCAACUGAUGAAGGAUGGCAACAAACCUCGAAACAAGAGAGAGUCAUCUCCCAGUUGUACAGAAACCCAACUUUCCUCUGGCUUGCCCCAAACGGUAUCGCAGCCUGUCAGUGCGAUACCUAUUGUUUCCAGUUCUGUUUCUGGAACGGGGGAGACUUCAGUGGCUCCGCGUCUUCGGCCCAAAGCGACAAAUGCUGUUACGAAUGUUCCAAGCAUUUCCCCAGUGCCUCCUGUUGUACUUCCAAAUUUAAAGUUUCCUUCAAAAACGGAUGAAUCGUCAGAUGUGCAUCACAGACAAUCUUUUUCGGGAGAAGAUCAGUUGAAUACACGGAAUCAGGAGAGCGCUGGCCCACUAUCAUGUCCACUAGUGAAACCAGCCGAGUUGGGUUUUAUUGAUUUGGACAAGCCUGCUUUGCCGAGAGAUCGAGCACAAACUGAUGGGAAGAGACGUAUUCCACAGGAAGCAAAUAUUAUUUUUCAACAACAACAUAGACGGAACGUCAGUGAUACGAGUCAGAUUUCGCGAAGCGCCUUCAAGCCAUACAGUAGUCAGCAGAUAAUAUCAAAAUCCAGCACACAAGUUGUGCGCAGUGUUGAAGAUAUGUCCAAUCAUUCAGCUGUCAGUGAUUCGGCAGAAUGGAAUCCGUUUUUGGCUGCACCCUUUUCAAACAAUUUUAAACAUGGUUCAGAAAGUGGUUUCAAAAUGGAUGAUUCUCACUUCGGAAUGGUUUUUGAUGAAAUCCGUAGGCGAGAAGUUCCUGCCGAGCUGGACAGCGAUACAUCAUCAAUCGAUUCACGUGAUCCAUUCGGAGCGGCUCCAUUUGAUCAGUUGACUGUAUCAACAUCGUCAUCGACACAACCUGUAUCCCUACCACCAGCUGCAGACGAGGAUGAUGAACAAAAACUGAUCAGUGACAGUGAUGAAGAGGAUCGAGCGAAUUCUAUUGAAAUAAUUGACAUUAAAAAGAAGGAAUCUAAUAAUGAGGAUGACAGCGAAAUAGAUGAACAACGAAUGAAUGACCGUCGUAGAUAUUCCUAUGAGAAUAUCGACGGAGUCGGUGAUGAUGCAAGUAGUGACAGCCGAGGGAAAACAGAUCGAGACGAUUCGGAGGAAGAAGAGGACGAUGAUAGUCGACGAGGUGGCGAUACAUCACACGAUGAAGACUCCCAAAAUACAGUAGGAAGUGAAGAUGGGGAGGGAGGAAAUCGUCCAUUGCUCGAAGACGACGGAUUAGAGGAUGACGAUGAUCACGAACUGAUGUCUUCCUUCUCUUCAAAUGCCAGUUUUCCACUUUUCAUUGGAACCUCAUCUCCACUCACUCAAAACGCAAUCACAAACCCAUUUUUACGCGAUGAAAUGACCCCUAAAAUGGUUUCGCCGCUAAUGUUGUCUGCGGCACCUGAGAGGAAUUCGAGUGCUGAUGACGAUUGGGAUCUUGGAGAUCGAUGGACGGAUCGAAGGGAUACUGUAUUUGAAAGACCGACCUCUCAAAACCAUAAUAUUUUUGCUCCAGCUACUUUACCUAGACAAGUUACACCUCUCGUCUGUAGAUUCAAGUUUCAGCCUGAACUACCAACGGCUGCACCUGUAUCUAUCAUUCCCUCGUUGUCAAAUACUUCUUUCCUGGAAGCUGCGCGAGUUUCGGAAUAUUCAACGUUAACAGAACCGCAAAUCGGAACAUUGAUUUCGGUAGGGGCACCUUCUGAACCACCACCACCUAUCAAAAAGACUGAAAUAGUUUCUUUUGGGGAAACUACAGAAUGUAAAACGGAAGACAAUGCUGUAUUUUCUGUCACCUCUCGGAAAAAGGAGAAAAUCGAGAAGCAUCUGAAAAAAGAAAAGAAGAAAGAGAAAAAGGAAGGAAAAAAGGAAAAAAUAAUAUUGGAGGAAUAUCGAGAGAAGGGUUCAUCGGAUCCCGAAACAGAUGGAUCUGAAGCUGAAAUGUGGACAACAGACGGGUCCACAACACUAUCCAAGAAAAAGAAGAAGAGCACGUUUGGUCUUCGAUCGUCACAUCCUAGCAUUAUUGCAAACGAUUUGCAGUUUGCUUCACCAAUGCCUCCAGCUGUAAAGAAGUUGUCCAAAGAAAAGAAGUCAUCGAUGACCGGAAAGAACGCAUCUUUUGUAAAUACUUCUUUCCAGCCCGAAGAUCAUGAUGAUACUAAUGAAAUGUAG